GCUGGUCCAUAUUCCACAGCUUGAGCACGCCCCGACACCCGACAGUCUUAACGAGCUCGAAACCGCGGCACUCCGGGAACGGGAGUCGCAGUAACGGCGACCCCGUCAACAGGACGAAGAAAACCGCACCCAGCGACCAGACGUCGGCACGCACGGGGUCGUACCAGGUGCCGCUCACGGCUUCGGGGGCUGUGUAGUGCAGGUUGCCGGCCACGCGGUCGCGCGAGAGUUCUGCUGCUCGGGUGGUGCUAGCACCGAAGUUGCAGAUCUUGACGUCGCCCGUCCUACUAAUGAGAAUAUUCUCGGGACACAAGUCCCGGUGGGCGAUGCCGCUCGCGUGCAGGUACCGUAGACCGCGUGCGAGCUGCAGCACCCAGCGACGCGCCUCCUGUUGCGAGACCCGUUGCGACGGCUGUGGCCCCAGAGCCCCCCUACUUAUCAAUUGAGAGAGCAGGUCGCCGCCUGGACAGUGUUCCAUAAUAAGGCGGAACGAUUCGCUCUCCACGCUCGUGGUAUAGUAGCGGACAAUGUGACGUCGACCGUCCAAGACGCUGCGCCCGACGGUGUUGCUUCUGUUCCUGCUGAGUGCGGACGACGCACGCAGCACGUAAUUGUCGGCCUCACGCUCGAGGGCCAGCAGUCUCUGAACUGUACGCCAUUCCUGCCAUGUGCGCAACCCGCCGCCGCCGUUGCGGUCCGAGUCGAGCGUGAGCGCCCGCACUUUAACCGCGACUGUGAGCUGGCCGGGGGCCGGUUUGUCGAUGCCCACGGCGUCGGGCGGCACCUCCAUGGCGCCCACAUAGACUUGCUUUGUCAGACGUCGCGUGAGUGUUACGCGGGUGGAUCCAGACCCGGACGACGUGCGCGUGCGGUCCGUGAUCGACGACUCAGAAGACCGCUGCUGUAGAGGAGACCGUGCGGCCAUUGGGCUGAGCCAAUGACGUCCUCGGUUAGGUGGACGUAAGAGGCAGGUGAUGGCCUGUUCGGUGGAGGAGCCCAAGCCUUUAGAGACGUCGUCGCGAGACGUGUCGCUCUCGAGCUCAGUUCUCAAGUGAAGAGACCACUGCCGCCGCUGCGAGGUGCGAUGCUGCUGCUGAGAGAAGACGAGGCUUACGAUCCCACGGCCGCCGCUCCUCCGUGAUAGAGUGAAUGGAUUGGGGCUCAAUGGCGGCCAGCGCUCAUCGGCGCGCCUGUGAAAGGCCCCGUUGGUCAUUUUCUCACCCGUGGCGCUUCUGCUCAAAGAGGUUAACGGCCUCGUUUCUGACUGUGCAGACAACCAGCGCGUCUGCUAUCGAGGAAGCGACUUCAACACCGCCUUUGGUCUCGCAGAGGUGCGGCUGCCACUGGCGGCAUUGCUAGUAAGUACACGGAAGAAAAUAUUGACCUACCAUCCACAUACCACCGAGAAGGGAAGCUGAAGCUGCUGCUGCUGAUCCGUAACGUCCGGGAACUCGCAGUACCCUGUGAAAAUUUACGUAGUUGGCGAACACGAGCGCUAGCGUAGCGCUGUCAUUUGACUCAAGCGUCUUACAAGUUGCACAACCGACGCCAUACAUGACCGGGUGACCAUACAUUUUGCUAAAGUGCCGAUACAGUAGCGAUGUGCAUCUUAUUCGACUCGUCUGACGUUACGACGCGACGUUAUCAACUAUGUCUCGGCGUUCGUCGGCCUUCCAGCAUGCUAUGACGUAUUAUAGUUCCUAUACAAGUGCUGUUUGAAACCUCACUAUCUCUCGUCACAACUGUAUUGGGCUGGUGACAUAUUCGCAUCGAAUGGUUUUUCAAGGUACCACCGCCAGGUGCGUUUUGCGGUGUUCUCGCUUUCCUCAUGAACAUCAAGGCUGUCAUGGGCGGACGUUUCAAUGGUCUCUUUGCUGUGCCGUUCAUGUAGCGUUUGGAAUUUUUGCGGUCGACUAUAGCCUUGACAGAGCCAUUGCUUCCAGUUUCUAUGCCAUGGCAGUGCGUCGCCUUUUUUCGAGUUGCAGCAGCUGCUGCUGCGUGUUGGCCUUUUUGGCUCGAAGUGCUUGGCUUCACGACUCGCCGGUGCUCCCUCGUCGCGCAUUGUGUGGCGUCGUCAUGGCGAGCAGCUUGACGCCGCAGUGGGAUGCGAUUUGAGACAGCAGUAAGCAAAGACUCGCAUGUCAAUUGGAUCGAGGCGACGAACAUUGAUACAUGUACUUCGAAGUAUACGUCAAGGGAAUCGAAGCGAAUCACUUGACGGGUGCAGAUAUAUCUACUGUAGAUGGUGUCUUCAUUGAACGACUGGCUGUGGCAGCGAGGCCAAAGGUCUGCUCGGUGUGGACUUGGCUGACGCCUGGUCCAACCAACUUUUCGUCCGAGACCGAUCGUCUCGGAGCGAAAAGCAGACGAGGACGCACCUUGCGAAUCCGAGUUGAACGAUUUUAAUCGAGCCGGAACAGUUGAAGGCAACUUGCUUGUUCCAUGACGUCCAUCACUUUUUUCCUGCAUUUUUGAAGGCUGUAGCAUAGCUUCUCGAAAAAAACCCCUAUCUUUAUUUCUUUUAGCUGUUUUAUUAGGAGAACAGAGAAUUUCUCGGAUAAAAAGUUGUUAAAACCUGCC